AGCACGUGGAUAUUGCGCUGUUGGCAGAACUCCGCCGCACGGCAAGGGCUGGGCGCAAGGCAGAAGCGCUCUGUUGGAAUAGAGGAAGCGGCGACGAUGCGCGGAUUUAAAGUCGGUUAACAAAAAUGAUUGGACCAAAUCUAUAACGGGAUGCUGACUUUAAAGUUGUCUUCUUUUUUUGUUUUCGAUUAACUGUAAUUAAAUACGUUCCAAAUGAAGAAGAGGACAUGGACUUAAUCAAGGCAGCGUGUAGGCAGAAGAGCGGAUCACUCUUGGAAACACAUGAAUACCACAGCAGAAAUGUGAAAUUAUAGGGAAUCGCCAUCUGUGUGUCUACCGAAUAAACUAUUUUGGAAUAAUACUAAUAAAAAAGAAAAUAUCAAGCACGAUGGAUUCCCCGAAUUACUCCAGUGGGAUCAACGCUACACCUGUCUUCUCUCCAAAUUCUUCCUAUUUGGAAAGUCAGUAUGCCCUGGCUACCAUCGCAGGUCUUGCCGCACUUGUGAGCUUUCUCAUUUUAUUUACUAUUGUGGGGAACGUACUGGUUGUGAUCGCUGUACUGACCAGCAGAGCAUUAAAACCGCCUCAAAAUCUCUUCUUAGUUUCGUUAGCCAGUGCAGACAUCCUGGUGGCCACUCUUGUCAUGCCAUUUUCCCUAGCAAAUGAACUCAUGGGUUAUUGGUUUUUCGGAAAAGUUUGGUGUGAUAUAUAUUUGGCUUUAGAUGUCUUGUUUUGUACAUCGUCCAUUGUACAUCUGUGCGCUAUCAGUUUGGACAGAUACUGGUCUGUCACACAAGCGGUUGAAUACAACCUCAAAAGGACCCCCAGACGGGUGAAAUGCAUGAUAGUGGUAGUUUGGUUGAUUUCUGCAGUGAUAUCGUUCCCACCGUUAAUAUCGAUGGACAGAAACAACGUCAAUGUUACAUCGCCUCAGUGUAGGCUGAACGACGAAACGUGGUACAUUCUUUCCUCCAGCAUCGGGUCAUUCUUCGCCCCCUGCAUUAUUAUGAUACUGGUGUAUAUCAGAAUUUACCAAGUGGCCAAAACCAGAACGAGAACCAUGUCAGAGAAAAAGCCAGGGACCGACGGUGCUUCGCACACUGAGAACGGACUGAGCAAAGGCAACUCUUGCAAAGUGAACGGUGAGAAAGGGAAUGGACAUUGUCAAUCCUUGCCAAAGGAGCAGAAACAAGGAGAGGAGGAUGAAAUAGACCUGGAGGAGAGCAGCUCAUCCGACGGGAAAUCGAAGAAACCCGGGGAGAUGAGCUCCAAGAGGGACAGGAGGACCAGCCGAAAGAACAGCUCCUUGUCCAAACAUUCAAGCCGGCUCUCCAGAGCCAGCAACAAAUCAAUGGACCUGUUCUCCUCCAGGCGCAAGAGGAGAAACACGGUGUCCCGUAAGAAGAUCUCUCAGGCUCGGGAGAAGCGGUUCACGUUCGUGCUGGCCGUGGUUAUGGGCGUAUUUGUGGUGUGCUGGUUCCCUUUCUUUUUCAGUUACAGCCUGUACGGCGUCUGCAGAGAGCGCUGCGCAAUCCCGGAGACACUCUUCAAGUUUUUCUUCUGGAUUGGUUACUGUAACAGCUCACUGAACCCGGUCAUUUACACUAUCUUUAACCAAGACUUUCGAAGAGCGUUCCAAAAGAUUCUCUGCAAAUCAUGGAAAAAAUCUUUCUAGACAGUUGUUACGGUGUUGGUGACCUUUGCCAUAACAUGUGUUUGUUACUGAACAAAAAAAAAGGUUAAAACCAAGCAAAAAUGCUUUAAUGUGUGACGACAUUCAUCUGAUAUUUUGGCCCUGACAAUCUAAACACGAUUAAUGUCAGUUGAGAUAUUAAGACUUUUUAUAUUUUGUUAAGCACUGUUGUGAGGACAAUUUACUGUUUACUGUUACAGUCACUGUAUGCGACUGUAAACGAGACAAGCUGUACACUAUCUGUACGAAACAUGUUUUAUUUCAAUUAUUUCUACAGGCAAUGCUGAAUAUUGAGGCAACUAGCGCUAUAUUGCAAACUUGUGCACAUACUGCUUUGCUUCCUGUGGGCUAGAAGCGUGGUGGUGUGCAACAGCGUUUUUCUUUCUCUGGUCUGAGAUGCCUGGCUCUUCAGUGUGUCCAACAACCAUUUGUGUCACCUGCCAAACAAGGGACUGUAAGACAGGAGGUAGCCUUUCGGAGCGGCCAAUGGAAUGUGUGCUAUCUUGCUGUGGCUGUGAAUUGCUCAUCGUUCUCCAGGGACUGCGUAUCUUUAGCAUAACUGUAAA